CUUUGUCUUUGCGCAAGUCUGGGUGUUAACUGCCAAGUCUCGCCCCUCAACAGCAAGUCCUGGCCUGGACACCCGUGGAGCUUCUUUUUCCUCCUUUCAAACUUCGGUACAGGUGGAUUCCGCAUCCGCGCUGUCAGCAUGUCUCCUUCCACAUCCCCCCGGUUCUUCACGGAGCGGGAGGUGGCCCGCCACUGCACGGAGGACUCAUGCUGGGUGCUGUUGGGCACCAGAGUGUACGACGUGACGGCUUUCUUGCAGCGGCACCCCGGGGGACAAGCGCUGAUACUCGGCCGGUCGGGGAAGGAUGUGAGCGGGGAGAUGGAGGGACCUCCGCAUCGGCACUCUGAGAACGCCCGGCGGUGGAUGGAGCAGUACUACAUCGGGGAAGUGGACCGAGACAGUGACAGCGACAAACUUCAGACUCUGAGAGACAGAAGAAAAGCUAACCAGCAGAUGGAAGAGAAAGCAGAAAUUACAGCUGAAAUAAAGGAGAAAGAAGAGGGUCCACACAAUCGUUGCAGCAUUGUAGACCUGGAUAAGGAUUUGGUGGACUGGAGGAAGCCACUGGCAUGGCAGGUGGGCCACCUAGGAGAGAAAUAUGAUGCCUGGGUUCACCAGCCAGUCGACCGGCCUAUCAGACUCUUUGGAAACCCUUUUAUGGAGGCCAGCACCAAGACCUCUUGGUACUGGGUGCCAGUAGUGUGGCUUCCUAUUGUGUUUUAUCUUUGUUGGUAUUGCUACACCUCUUUGGCAAAAGGCACCACAAGGAUUGUCAUCACCUCAGAUUUCUCUGUUAUGGUCCAUAAAUACACUUUCCUGAUGUUCUUCUUGUUGGGCUGGUUCAUGUGGUCAUUCAUCGAGUACUGCAUCCAUCGCUUUGUCUUUCACAUGAAACCACCAGCUCAUAACUACUACCUCAUCACGCUACACUUUCUCCUGCAUGGGCAGCAUCACAAGUCUCCAUUUGAUGGUUCCAGGCUGGUCUUCCCCCCCGGCCUGGCCUCCUUAGUGGUUGUAACUUUCUACACAAUUUUGUGCAACCUGCUGCCAGAGAUGAUUGGGAAAUCAGUGUUUACCGGGGGACUGUGCGGCUACGUGGUGUACGAUAUGAUCCACUACUACCUUCACUACGGCUCUCCGAAGAAAGGCUCUUACAUGUACAGCUUAAAGGCCUACCAUGUCAAACACCACUUUGAGCACCAGAGAGCAGGUUUUGGAAUCACCUCCACGUUCUGGGACCGGCCCUUCAACACAGUCAUCCCUGAUGAGAAAUUUUAAUCCUAAGGAUCUCUGAAAGAAGAUUGAUCAACAAAACUUCCAUUAAGCCUUUAAACCACCUGACAUUCUAUCCACUCACACCUUUCUCCUCCAAAGUGAAGAUGACACUGCAGCCUUUGCAGUUAGUCCAGCCGCACAUUCCAAUUUGCUCAUCGGUUUGCACCACAUUCUUUCUUUGUGUGUCGGCGUGUGCAUACCCUUACAGUUGCAAGGCGUUUCUGUGCCAUUUUCCCCCGAGCCCAAUCAUCAUCCACCACUGCUGCUCCUUUAACCACACUGACCUCCCCUCUCAGGUGGCAUGUUGGCUAGUCAGAAUGCCAUAAAAUACAACUGCAACCCUUAAGUUUGUUAUGAUAUGAAUAAGCUCUCUGACCAAAACCUCUUUUUAUUCUAAUAUCGUUGCUAAAUCUUGUUCUGUCAAUUGGCGUCUAGGGUUGCUUGGAGAGAAAAAGAGGACAAAGAAAGUGACAAAAGGUGUGUGAAAGUGGAAUAGUGGGAGUGAAUAAGAUAUGUCUGUGGAUAUUCUCAUUCACCCAGGUCAUUGUAGUCACAGGACAUUCAAUCGAUCCCAACUGGACUGUUCGGUAUGUCUUAGAAGACGUUUUGUCUCUCAACUAAAUAGCCUUCAGCAGUUCAUGCUAGUAGACAUUUUACAUUAAUCAAACUUGGGAUCUAGAUAUCUAGUCAGGACACUCCUCACUGUUUUGCCUUCACCUUCAUUGUCCAUUCGUUUUUGGUGACUUUGGACCUAGACGUCGAGUCCGCGACAUACAUGGCGGACAUUAACUGAUACAGUCUGCUUUGCCAGUUCAAAUGCAUUCACUGUUUUCCACAUUGGCCUGGUAAUACAAAGCACACGCUACCUUUUUUAUCACAUCCACGGGAGCUCGCAUUCUUGUUGUCUCUCCUCCGACAAAUGGACAAAGUUUUUCGCUAAGUAGAAUCACAGUUGACCCGGCCGGACCUUCGAAAGUUCUCUUGCCGUCUGAGAAGUGUUGUAUGCGAAAUAGCUGUAAUCUCUUUCUCUUAUGGUAUUUAUGAAACACGGUUAUGUCUGGAUGACUCAACUCCAUAUUUCCAGGGGUUAGCUCCGAGUUACGAAACCGCUUUAUUAUAAAGCUGGCUGUGGGGCGUUCUUUCUGAUGUCACUUCCUGUGUGAGCGUCGUCUUUCAGGCGUCACUUCCUCUCCAAACUCACUUCGUAAAUGAUCAAUGAGUCCAUACAUAGCUAAGUGCCGGAGAUUCAAGAAUUACAGGGCUGACUUUCCCGUGUAAAAAUUAAAAUAGACAUACGAUACACAUGGCCCUAGAUUGGUCAGAUCAGUCCAGCUGUAGUCUAUUGAAUGCCCUGAGAAUAGUAAAGGAAAGGUAGGACAGAGGGGUAAGAAUAUGUGUGUGACCUGGGUGCCUACUCCCAGUGGAAACAAAAAUUGCUGUAGUUGUUGCUAGAAGAUUCAUCCAUAAUUUUAUCCAUCCAUCCAUCCAUUUUCUACCGUUUGUUCUUUUCAGGGUAAUUUAGAUUUGAUUUAACCAGGAUUGUUGUCUUAAGUGUACUGUUCUCUAUCCGUGGCUCUAAAUGUUCUCUAAGGGCCAUAUUUUGAUAUUAAUGUUCACUUUUUUGUGUCAUCUUUUCAUCAAUACCGAUACAAAGAUGUAAAAAUGUUUUGUAAAUCUGAUUUGUUAGUCAAUAGCUGAAGUUUGACGCCGACAUGGAGUAAUUCCCAGAAAAAUAGCACACAAUGGAUGAUGUCACCAUCCGCAUCCAUGCCAGGGAGAAACGAGAUGGAAUGAAGUCAGCUUGUCAGGCUUCUUGCUGGGGGAGACUUUGGGGUCAAAAAUCACAAACUCAUCAUCCUACGUGACAGCAUCUGUCUGUUUUUACCUUUUUUUUUUGUUUUUUUUUCAAUCAUUUUUACAUUCUAUCACUGCAGCUCCCUAUGAGAUGACGAUGUAACACCAUCUGACUGCAGCAUGAUGUCGUGAUCACAGCUGGCGGAUCCUCAGACAGUUUACUCUUAAGCAUUACCGAUAACUAACGCAGAACAACUUUAUGUAUUUUGAUUGAAGAGAAAAUGUACUUUAAUCAACUAUUUUACACAAUACUGUAUAAGUAUAGACUAUGUGAAAUAACAUGCAAAUUAUCGCGCAAUGCUUUGUACCAUUUUUGAAAAUGAACAUUUUCAGUUAGUGCAAUCUAAUAGUUUUUGUACUUACUACUUCUCACUAAACACUGAAAAAUCUCACCUUUGCUCACAGGGGUGGAUGGCUGUUGAAUUAGCACCAAUCACCAAUAUUCAUAUUUCCUUCACCUAACUGAUUACUUUUAUUCAUGAAUAUUCAAAUACAAAAAUGUUGCUCUAGAAAGGCUUCAAAAAUGAACAAAUGUUACUAACAGCAGUCAUAUGUAACAUCUAUUGGAAUAACACUGUUAUAAUUUUUCAAUUAACACAACAAAAAACUAAAUUUCAGCUUGUUUCUGGCAAUGAAAAUUGUCUUCUACUCAAUUAAAGAACGUGGAAUAUAUGUUUACUCGAGCAUCUCAUACAUUUAAUGUUGCUGUUUUAAAUGUCCAUGCAAAUGUAUUUGUAAAUAAAUUUCUAUAUUUAUGA